UCAACGAAGAGACUCUACGCUAGCUUAAGGACUUAAGGGCUGAAUACUGUCGGUGAGUGAGUGUCAAGUGAGAGGAACAAUGCUGAGGCGAAACUAUGACGUGCAGCACGUGGCGGCGGCGACACUGGACAAGUCGCCUUCCGGCCGCAGCACCCACAAGUCACCGUCCGCAUCGUCGAACCUCUUUGACAAGCUGACGAAACGCUACUCGGGCGUGCUCGUCGGGACGCAGCGGCUCCUGCGCAAGAACCCGGGCCGCAAGGCGGGCGUCGCGGAGCCCCUGUCCGGGAGCUACGACAUGUGCGGCCACCGGUCGGACGACUUUCGGCCCGAAAUCGGUGCCCCGAUUCUGAUUUCCAAGACGAUGAAGUUUGACUUCGAUACCGACUCUUCGAUGGAGCAGCUACCCCUGCCGAGCAUCCCGGGCGCACCGCCGGUCCGGGGACGCUCCGUCGCGACUCCGUCCACCUCCGAGGACAGCGACGUGUACGUGGACGCGAACAGUUCGUUGCCCAACUUCGGUGACAUCAAGUUUACGUUCCUGCCCGAGCGCAACAACAACCUGUGCGGGUUCCGGAACGAGAACGUGCACGUCCACGAGGGGGGCAGUCGGCCGCUCGAGAAGAGUCGGUCCAAGUCGGCCCACAACUUGCAUCGGUCCACCGACGGGACGGCGCGCCUGAGUCUCGCCAAAGCUCCGUCCCUGAAUCUGUCCGCUCCGGCCGCGCACGGCACGGCGUUCGGUGACGGACGGCCCGGGAGGAAGCCGUGUGCCGUGUCCAGCGUACCGAACAGUCCGGCCGUCGAGAGCAUCUAUGACUUCCCGCGCAGUACCCGCUCGGAGGGGAUCCGGAAACCGGCCGGUGAGUCCCGGUACGAUCUGAGCCGGUCCCACCACGUGCUGAACGAGAUCAACCUGUCGCUGGUCAGCGACGGGGAGAUGGGCCGAGAAGGCCUCUACCAGAACCUCCCGAGUCCCGACGGCCGCUACGAUAUGCUGCCGGUGGGAGUUGGGACCUGCCCAGCGGGCGAUUCGAUGAGUCGAAGCUUCCACAGUGCGUCACGCCGCAGCAGUGGUGGGUCCGCGAACUCGACGCAGGAGGAAGAGUUUGACCUGAAAUCGGCCAGUUUCCAGAGUUUGGCCGAUGCCGCCGGAACCGGCGGACAGCUGGUGGUGUCGAUGGAAGAGCUGAACGAGCUGACACGUCAGAUCAACGAGGCAGCCGAAGCGGGACAACGCCGGGGGGAGUUGGCCGAACUGUCCCAGCCGCCGCCCACAGCUUCCGGACUUCCGGACAGCGACGAGUACUGUGAGCACCGCCAGCAACUGCAUCCCUCCGAGCGGCGCCUGACGCUAAUGAAGAACCGGAGCGCCCCCGGGAAGCACUUCAUUGACUUCGAUCGGCGGAAGGCGAAGAUUACGAAGAAGUGGAGUGGGUUCAAGAACUGGAUCGGGGAGGAGCAGGACCGGAUACGGGAGGUGGUCCAGAAGCACGCCGCCCUGCAGCGGGUCGGUGGAGAGAGUGGUGGUGGUGGUGGUAGUGCUGCUUCCGUCGCCGGUGGUGUCGGUGGUACGUCCGUUGUGAAGGUGAAUCGUCAGAACAGCGAUUUGACGGUGACGACUCUCAGUGACCAGGAUUCGCGGGGGGGAGAGCACGAGCUCACCGGAACCACGGUGUCGGAGUCGUCCAGUGUUGGGCGGCGGGACCGGACGCGAUCGUCCGAGGAUCGAGGCGACGGUUCGAAGACGAUCCGGCGCAAGAGUGCCAACGCGGAAAUUCUCGAGGGUCAGAAUGGGUUCGAGGAGGUGCGCCGUUUCGUGAAGCAGGGCGGUGACUUUGGUAAGGACUUGGUCGCCAUUCUGCACGAGCGCACCGAGCUCGAGCAGCUGUACGCCAAGUCGCUCUCGAAGAUCGCCAACAAGCUAAACAAGGCGUGCCGCGAUCUGCCCGGAACGAUCGCCGACUCGUGGCGCGCCGUGUCGACCGAACUGGAGGGCCGCUCCGAGGUGCACCGACAGUUCUCGGCCUCCCUGGCCGAGGAGGUAGUGAAGCCGCUGAAGACCGUCAUCGACAAUCAGCACAAGGCGCGCAAAACGAUCGAAACGAACGUGGACAAGUCGGCGCGCAUCCUGGCCGAGUGGCGGACGGCGGAGGUAAAGGCAAAAAAGACCUCCCACGGGGCAGCCCGCGAAAACGAGAAGCUGCAGGACGCCAUGCUGGACGUGAAACUCCAACGGACGCCCUCGAUCGGGCUGCUGCACAAGGCGAACGAGAAGGACGCGAAGGUGUCGGAGAAGGACAGCAGCAAGCUCGAGGGCAAGCGGAAGAAGGCUGAAGAGGCGGUGAAGAAGGCGGAUGUCGAGUACUACACGCUGUGCAUCCGGGCCGAGCGGGCCCGCGUCGACUGGGAAAUGUCCGUCCUGCGCGGUUCCUCCAUGCUGCAGACUCUCGAGAGCCAGCGGUUGGCGCAGUUUAAAACGCACGUCACCGACUACCUGAAGUUGUCGGCCGAGAUGAGCCCGCUGCUGACGAAAACCAUCGACCGGCUCGGACCGCAGGUGGCGCUCUGUAGUGUCGCCAAGGAUCUGGACGUGCUGAAGAACAUCCGGCGGGCGACCGAAGGUCCCAGCGAGCAGCUACUGCCCGACUUCUACUGCGAGCACACGACACUCGCGAUGAACCGGGAACGGCGCAAGCAGUCGCUCGUGAAGCUACUCCAGCUGAUCCGCCAAGACCUGGACCGGGAGCGACGGUCGCGCAACGGACUGAAGGGCUUCUCGCAAACACUCGACAAGAACGGCGAAAGCAACCAAAACAUUGCCGACAAACUGUACCACAUACGAUCGAUGCUCACCUACCUGGAAGGUGCCCGAUACAAACUUCAAUCGGCACUCCUCGAGCUUGAUCACAAACCACGGUCGAGCCAUCCGUUGGCGCAGCACAUACAGAUAACACGAGACCGAACGGGACUGCAGACGAGCGUACUGAAGGUGCCGCUCUGGUUGAAGCACGAACAGGACGAUGACGCCGGAAGUGCGCACAGCAACGGAAGUGCGUCGGUCGACGAGCCCGACCCAGCGGCGAACUGUUUGGACAUCAAAAAUGACGCACUCAUCAAGCACAUCGUGCACAACUACGCCCGCAGCAACGGCUGCAACGGCGAGAGCCAGGAGCAUUACACCAUCAGCAAAGCGGGUAAAUCGGCGCUUCACGAAGAGAACAGUCCGGUGUGGGACCGAGGCGUGGCCGACGGAGUAUCGAACCAACCAGAUUCCGAUUUUGAUGAAUUUUCAUCCCAGGACGAAGAUGAAGAUCGCUGCUCGGUGGCACCGAAACAAAUGCUAGAACAGAGCGGUGGCCACACAACGACCGUGAUAGUGAACGGUGGCCUGAACGGGAACGAUCACAGUGCGGACACCGUCACCGUCGGAGGUACGCCCGCAUCUGCUCCGGUCGUUCUCGGCCGCUACCGAGCACUGUUCAACUACACACCAAAGCUAUACGACGAGCUGGAGCUACAACCCGGCGACAUUCUUGAGGUGCACAUAAAGCAGGAGGACGGCUGGUGGCUAGGCGCGCUACGGGGACAGAUUGGCAUCUUUCCGGCCACCUACGUGGAGGAGAUACCGUAGCCAGGCACUGGACCCACACACAUCCUUGUCAGUGUAAAUAGAGAAGGGGAAUGCAAGGAAGUCUAUGAACGAAAGGAAAUGCCACUGAAAUGCGUUCAAGCAGCACCGGCGCUCGUCCCGACCAGAACGGGCGAGAAGAAUUGUUCGUUUCAUAAAUUCGCCAACAAAUCUCGAGAAAAGUCGGCCGCACGACAGUACAUAGAUAGGCACCAAGCGCGCACUCAUUAUCGAAAGCAAUCUCUCGAAUUCUUAACAGUCCAGAAGUCGAAAAGGUAUGCCAAAAUGAAGACGGUCAAAAGAAGGACGUCGAAAGACCGGUCGACGAAACGGAUUAACACUGAGUAUUGCUCGCGAUGUAAAGCGAUCUGCGACGGCAAGAUGGCGUGUAAAUAUGGCGGAGGUGUAAUCAGAAAAAGUAAACAAGUAAACGAUGUAGAUAAGUUAUCGAUCGAUUGUUUUGCAAACCUUAGCUAUGUGAAAUGUGUAUGUAACAAAAGGAAAGAGAAUAAAACUAUUUU